AAUUCGUUCGUUCAUGGCGAAUAACUUUCUUUUAGGGUUUUGUAUUCUUUGACGUCAGCGCUCUUUGACGAAAUUUCAAACUGUGGCGCCAGCCAGCUCCAGCGGCAAGAGAUACAGAAAAGCGCCUGUAGCCUGCCUGUAGGAUGCAGAGAAGCACCUUGCCAGUGGGGGGAAGUGAGCGGCCUAGCACCAUUUAAUAGGAAAGUGGAGGAGCUUGAACGUGAAGUGUGGGGAAGUUGUAAAGUUGCAAAGAGCGAUAUACAAGAUGUACGUAUUUUGAGAUCGCGUUUUCUGAAAAGUCCUCGGUUGACAAGGAAUUUUGCACAUUUGUUCGGUGUUUCUUUGUAGGAGUCUUUGGAUAGGCUUUGGCAGAGCAUUCUAGUCUUUGCUCCUUCAACGGCCUUGAAGGGGAGUCUCGUAGAAGUCAUGGGGUCCCUCUUAGCCCAGCUGGGUAUGGAAAUUGAGAGGAAUGCAAAACACAAAACUCCCGAAAAUACCGUUGCAAAUAUCUUGACACAGGCAAUUGAUGCACUGAAGGAGGCCAGGGGAGCCCCCCCUGCCGGUAGCAAGCCAAGAGUUACUCUUCCUGUAGGAAGCCUAGAGUCUCUGGCUGCUGCACGGCCUGCCAACAAGCGAGUUUGGAAUUGCACAGCGUCGGAAGAGUGUCUGAAGGAGUGCGAAUAUGGCUGGGCCAUCUUGAAGCCAAUUGUGUGCGAGGAUCAUCAGGAGGAUGGAAUGGACAAAUACGUGGCAAAGAGAAGGUGUGGACAAGGUCGGGCAUGCCCUAAGCAGCCGACCUUUGGCUGGCAUGGGAAGAGUGCGGUCGCCUGCAAGGUUCACGCUGACCCGGACAUGGUCAACACCGUGAGCAAGCUUUGCGGGGCUGGGGAGAGGGAGCCCUGCGCCAAGCGCCCCACGUACGGCUGGCCAGGCACGAACAAAGCCCUCCGCUGUAAGGAGCACGCGGAGCCAGGGAUGCGGGAUGUGGCGCAUAGCUGGUGCAGUGAGCCGGGGUGCGACAAGCGGGGCAAGUACGUGUUCCCCAACCAGAGCUCAAUACGGGCGGCCAGGUGCGAGAAGCACGUGCUGCAAGGGAUGGAGGACUUCACAACCAAGCGGUGUACCGUCAGGGGGUGCAUGAACGUGCCAGAGUCGCUGCAGGUGGGGUCGAAGAGGCGGUGUCGGGAGCACGAGCAUGUACCAGAAGGCCGAGGGAAGAGGGUAAGGGAGGAGCGGGACGAGGACAUGCCGCUGCGGCCUGGGCCGGGGUCUUUUGUGGCCGCGAUGGGAGGCUUUGGGGGCGAGGUGAACCGGGUAGGGGGGCUCGAGGGGCACCUUCAAGUUGGGGGACAUGAGCAGCAGUUGCAUAACCUACAAAGGGUACAGUAGUAGUAAGAGAUUGACCGAGAACAUGGCAAGGCAGGUACACCAGUAGAGUCUAGAUAUGUAACUCUGUAGUAGUGUCAUGGAAUUAUCUUACCCUGUAUUUUGAUGUGUACAUCAGCGGAAAACGUUUCAGGCCUUACUAAAUGUUUCUAAGCUCUCUGAAAUUUUUUCGGGCUAUGAAAAGGUUCUCAUGCAAUUUCCUUUGACAACGAGACAUACAGACUAUUCAUAAGGUCUGUGGGCUUCAUGGUAACCAGGCUAAUCCGUC